CUUGGCUCCUGCUUGGCGCCAACAGGUGACAUCCUGCUUAGAAGCAGUCUGACAACGUGCUCAGCCAAUGAGCGUGGGCGCAGCGAGCUGGCCAAUCGGGUGGCUCGCCGCGGGGAGGGCGUGGCCAGGCUUCCAGUCACUUGCCUGGUAAUGUGUUUGCUGUGCUCAGACUCUGCGCUCAGAGUCGGCGGGUGGUACUGAGGUGUGCACUCCCUGGAUCACAGCCCCGGUCACUGCAGCAACAGCGGGCUAGCAGCCACUCACGGUCACCUGGCAGGUUUCCCCCGAUUCCCCAACCGCCGAUCUCCAUGUGUUCAGCAUGUUAGGGCACACUGGCGGCAUGCAUCGGGCCAGCUGGACUCACUAGCCGCAGGUUCUGGGCCACAGACUGAGUUUUGGAGUUAGCCAUCGUCUGAUUGCCGGAUGGUGCUAUGCAGAUUGCAAGGUAAGGGUUAAAAAUCCCCCCCCGGGGCCCUUGUUAUCAGCUCAUUGCUGGGUGUCCAUGGGCGGUGGGUGGGAGGGGGAGGGUGAGCCCAGUUCAAGGAGGGAGCGAGAUGUUGAUGCUGGGUAAUCCUUGGCUACAGCUCUCAUUAACCCAUAGUGCUCCCCCCAGGCCUGCAGCAUGAGCUGGGCAGUCACUGCAAUGUAAACACUCCACCUUGUAUUCAUUAUCCCCUGCACAAUGUGACCAAUGUCUGCAGUCAGCUCUCACAUGGGCACUUUGGCACCUGGUUAUUAAAUGUUUUUGGGGAACUCUUUUUUGGAAUUUUGAGUGCAGUACGUAUAUAGGUUUUCUGGCCAACACCCCUAUUUUCUGCAGUGUGUGUGUGUGUGUGGUGGGUUUUUUUUUUUUAAAAUUUAUUUAUAUAUAUAUAUAUAUAUAUAUAUAUAUAUAUAUAUAUAUAUAUAUAUAUAUAUAUUUAUUUUUUUUGAGAUUUUUAGUUUCCAGCAAUAUAUAUUAUACGAAUUAUGCAUUAUAAGCAGUAAGUAAAUGUAACAAGUUACAAUAAACAAGUGCUGAACAGUACAUUGUAUUGUCAGAAAAAAAUGAAACGUAAAUAUCAAUGGGGCAUUUUAAAACGUGGUACAUGUAUUUGUAAGUACCUAUUAAAUGUCACUUAUUGCUGUGUGUGUGUGUGUGUGUAUAUAUAUAUAUAUAUAUAUAUAUAUUUUAAACUUUAGUGCAGAUGGUUGUUUUUGUUUUGCAUAUGGGGGUGUUUUUGAAAGGUUUCUUUUUUAAAUUAAAAUUAAGGUACAAGCCUUGAAACUGGUGAUUUGGACCAUGCUGUAACUAAAAAAAUGUAUCAUAUCUCUCAGCAGUCUUAUUUAGAUCUGGUCUGUCUGAUGUCUGUAUGUUUUACUUUGCAAAUGGUGGUAAAAUGUAUUUGUUUUGUUUUUGUGUUCUAGGUAAUUUACCACCACUACACCACUUGGCGAACUCAUCUGGAUAUAUUUCAACUUGUCAUUUUAAAAAAAUAUAUAAAAAUACAAAAAUGGGUAAUGGACUUUCAGAACAGAAUCCUAUUCUUAAUGGCUUAUCUACCUUUCAAGCCCUUCACAUUGUCAUUUUAGGUUUGGACUGUGCUGGAAAAACAACUGUACUGUACAGGCUACAGUUUAAUGAAUUUGUUAAUACAGUGCCUACCAAAGGAUUUAAUGCAGAGAAAAUUAAAGUGCCACUUGGUAACUCCAAAACCGUAACUUUUCACUUUUGGGAUGUUGGUGGCCAGGAGAAAUUAAGACCACUCUGGAAGUCCUACACAAGGUGUACUGAUGGGAUUGUAUUUGUGGUAGACUCUGUGGACAUUGAGAGGAUGGAAGAAGCAAAAACGGAACUGUAUAAAAUUACUAAGAUCUCAGAAAACCAGGGUGUUCCUGUUUUAAUAGUUGCUAAUAAACAGGACCUCAGGAACUCGCUGUCUCUUUCGGAAAUUGAGAAGAUGUUAGCACUAAAUGAACUCAGCUCAUCUACACCGUGGCAUCUCCAACCCACAUGUGCCAUCAUAGGCGAUGGUUUGAGGGAAGGAAUUGAGAAAUUGUAUGAAAUGAUCAUUAAGAGGCGAAAAAUGCUCAGGCAACAGAAAAAGAAAAGAUGACUCUGUUUUACUUUUAUGAUAUUGUGUUCUAGUUUGACAAGUAGUUUGGCCGUCAAAAUUUGACGUUAACCAGUCUGUAUCAGAUGCCUGGGCUGCCUGGUUUGAUGCUGUCUAAGCCUCGUUACAUCUUUCUUUUUCAGCUGGGCGGAAUCUCACUGUGGGAGAUCUGCCAAAUCCAACAACACUUCCAGUAUGUGUUUUCAUAAACAUCAGGAAAAUGUCUUUUGUACGUCAGUGGCUGAAAUAGAAUCUGGUCAUCGUGAAUGAUAAACUGUGAAUGUUUGCAAAGUGUUGAAUAAAACUUUAAAUUUUGUAUUUUUGAAGAAACUCCUAUAAAGAAAUACAAUCUGAAGUACAAGUCGAGGAGUCUAGCAGAUUUAAAAAUGUGGCAUAGGAUUUUUUUUUUUUCUAUUCUAAAUCAUUUGUGGGUCAGUUGAUUUAUGUAUAUAGGGAAUAUCCUGUCCAAUGUGUUUAACUUAGAAAGUUUCUUGAGAAAGCAUAUACAUGCAGUGCAUGAAGGCUAUUUCUUCACUUUUUUUCCUCUACCACUGUCAAUUGGUUACAUCACAAGAAAUGCUAUGCAUUUAUACAGUAUUAUCUAAAUUUAGAGUUCUAGACACAAGUCUAUGCUGCAUGUACAAUCUGGUUCCUAUGUGCUGUUUCCAAUACACUGCAGAGAGACAGAGGGAACCUUCACAUCAGCAUUUGCUGUUUUGUAAGAUAACAUGAAUUCUGCUGUAAAAGCACAAUUAUAACAAUUUAGGUUUUUUUUGUUUUUGUUUUUUUUUUAGUCUGUGAUUGAUUAGUCACUGGAAGGCAAACACUCCACGUAAUGUGAUGUCAAGCUUUAUGCGCAUUUCUCCCCCACUGACUUGAUUUGUGACAUUUUACAGUUGUUUCUUUUCCACUAGCUACACAGCGGUUACACAAUCUAAAUCCGUCAACUGUCCUGAGGGCAGAGAAAGCCUUACUGCCUGCUAUUCUCAAUUGUUAAUAUGGCACUUAUUAAGUCACUUAUGUGUCCUUGAUAUAGGUUCAGCGUGUCUGCAUCACUUCAAUUUGGUUUCUGUAUGUUUUACUCCAUACUUGAGUAAGAAAACUCUUUUUAAAAAUAAAGAAAAGAAAAAAUCUUCUGAAUUAAGUUGUGUAAAAUAAAGAAGUGCCACAUAGUAAUUCCUAGAAAGUGUUAAUACAGUCUUCUGUAGGGCAGAUUAAUAUAUGGGUCACAUUCUAACACUACUAAGCUCAGGCUCACAUAGAUUUGUGAUUCCUUGUGCUACAGCCUCUUUCCCACACAAUGAGAACCUCUUAAUUCACACUGAAUUGGUCCCAUAUUUAAUCGCAUUGCAUUAGAAAGCCCCAUACCUUUUGUGUAACCAUUCUUGGUGACACAGAGUAUGGCUGACUUACUGUGGAUAUGUGGGGAUUUAUUUUUUUUAAAUAUAUAAACCUUGCACAUUGCCUCCCCAUACAGUUUUGUUCUACAGUUCACGUUGACUGUAAAAUCAAGCGAACUUGGAAAAUCUUUCUGAUAGUCCAAGUCUGACAGCCUCUAUGUGCUUGACAUCCAUACAGCCGUCUGUUUUUUUUUUUUUUUUUUUUGCACAGCCAUCCUAUCUGCAUGCCAGCUGUCCCUGUUUUCGAAAAAUGCCAAACUGCACUUUAUUAUUGAGGUUUUUUUUUUUUUAAAGAAUGAUUUGGCAGCUGGGUUUAUGGGCACAGGUGAAUUUUUUUUUUUUUUUUUUUCAGAAAAAAAAUUUAAUAGCUUCAGGUGGAGCUUCUGUAUGUGUAUUUCUAUGUACCUGUGUUGGUGGCACAAGUCACUGAUUCAGUAAUGUCUCUAUUUAUAGAAAUGUGGAUAUUGUCUACAGCUUCAAUAAACAAGUCUUCUGAAAUAAA